AAGUGUCUUUUCAGGAACUGAAAGAGAGACAUGUAAAAACAGGUCAAAAUAGACUUUCACAAGCUGUUUAACAUCCUGUGUGACUGUGCUGUACAAACAGGAUGCUGCUCCUCGGACACAUUCAGACAUCAACUGUGUCGGUCAGAGAACACGUUGCAGAUCUACAUUCAUUUCUUCAUUGUCUGUGGGACAUUUUAUUGUUUCUUUACUUUUGGAACCAAACUAACCAUUAAAUAUUUACUCCAGUGACCUUGAGAUACAAUUCAACUGCAGGGUGAAAGGAAAGAACAUUGGAACAACCAAAAGGUAUGAACUGCUGUUAGUUGACAAACAAGGAGGAACCCAUCUGACAAACAACAAGAAGACGAGAGACUCCAUACUGUUUACAGUGUUCAUAAGGGUUUUACUGUAUCAAACCAGAAGACGAGAGACUCCAUACUGUUUACAGUGUUCAUAAGGGUUUUACUGUAUCAAACCAACGUUCUACAGAUAUCCACCGGAACCAAACUAUUCUGACAAUUAUCUCAGUAGAUUUGACUGACGUUGGAAGAGAUGAGAUCUAUGUUUUCCCACCCUGCCAUCCUGUUCCUGUGGAUUCAGAGUUCUAGUGGAUGGAUGCAUCCUAAAUGCCAGAUUUAUGACAGUAGUGAAGACUUUGGACACUUUCCCACCUGGAUCUGCAGCCACAUACCUCAUCAUGCAGAACGUUACACUGCUGCCUGUCAAGAUGUCACAGCCAUCGAGGAGGAUCUACUUGGACUUCCCCCUAAUAUCAAUACCCUCUGCAUAUAUAUGACACAUGGUGAAAAUAGAUCCAUGUCUCUGGGCUUUUUCUCUAAGUUUCAGGAUCUGGAGUACCUGUACAUUAAGGGCUGUUUUACUCAAAUCCUUCCAUCUGGGAACAGUCACCUUCCAAAUCUGCAACAUAUGUACUUAGGUAAAUGGGGAAUGGACUCAGAUUGCUGUGAUUGUCAUAUUGGGCCCCAUACAUUCAGAGAUCUCGUCAAGCUGAGUCAUUUGACUCUUUGGAGUUAUAGACUAUCAGCAAUGUCCCCGGAAGUUUUCCAUGGCAUUCCUCAGUUACAAAGUCUCAUCAUUAGGGAACCCUGUUUAGAAGAUUUGUCAGAGAUAGCAUGUAGAAUUAUGAAUAUUAAGUCACUUGUUAGCUUAUAUGUAGACGCAACAAACAUACAAUCGUUAAACAUUUCGAACUGCUCCGUCUUAAACACCAACGAAAGCAUGACACCUCUUUUUAACAAGCUAGCAAGGGUUGACUUAUCAUUUGGUGAAAUAACACAUAUAGAGGAAGGUUCACUGGCUUGGCUCCAGAACCUCAAGGUUAAGAGGGUUUUCAGCCAGGAAGUCCUACUGGACCUUCCCCUGUCUGGGAUAAAACAAAUCCAGGUCUUCAGUUGCUAUGGGAUCAAUGUCAUUGAUAUUGAAAGUAUCUGUAAUGUAGUGUUUUUGCUUUCAAUCAAGAAAAUAUUUGUAAACAAUGCCAAUACAAGCAGCCUCUCCAUGUCCAGUGUUGAAUUGUGCACUGGGCUAGAAUAUAUGUAUUUAAGUGUACCUUUGUCUUUCCAUCCUACUACCCAUUUGGAAUGGAAUUUUAUUUCCAGUCUCAAAAACCUUAAUCAAUUUAAAAUAGACGGCCUGGAAGAUAACAGACUUGAUAUUUGCUCCUUCCAAAAACAACCAAUAACAUGGUUAACAAAUCUCACUUUAGGGUUGAAAAAUCAAAUGCUUUUUGCUAAACAAUUUAUCUGUCUUGUUAAGCUGCUGUAUCUGGAUAUACAACAGAAUUUAAUUUCAAACAUUGAAGACUUUGCUUUCCUGGGAUUGACAAAUCUGGAGUCCUUGGACAUUACAAGUAAUAAGAUAACACAGAUAAAUGCAAACACAUUUUAUGGUUUACAUAGUUUGACAUGGUUAGACCUCAGGAACAAUCCACUUAUUCACAACAUUGAGGCGAUGUCUUUCACACACCUCAUGUCUCUUAGACAAGUGUUUCUCGGGCAAGUGAACAAUCCACUAACAGAACCUGUGAUCAAGCUGAAUCUGACACUUAUAUUUGGAGGAAUUCUGAGUCAACUGACUCAUCUGUACAUUAGUUCAGCUAUGAGGCCAAUGCAGUUGACUAUCGGCAGUAACAUCACAUCUAAACAGAACCUGAGUCUCCAGCUCAAAGGCCAGACGGUGUCAUUUCAAGACUGUGACAGACCUUUCUUUCAGUCUGUAACCCAUCUUCAUGCUGAUGCUGAAGAAUUCCUUUGUGGAUCUGAAUUCAUGGGGAAGUACUUCACGUCUGUGGAGACAUUUGACUACAGAUCGAAGCUUUCAGCUAAAAGGGUUGAUUUAUCAUCAAUUAAUCAGCUGAUUCACCUGAGGAAACUGACUCUACGAGAGGUGGAUCUUUUAAUACAGCGUUCUGCCGACAUCAUUUUUCACAACUUGACCAAACUGGAGGUUCUGGAAAUGUACCACUGCAGGAUUUAUUCUUUAGAGGGGAGUUUAACUAAAGACUUGAAAUCUUUGAAAAUAUUGUAUUUUCAUAUAGAGAACAUUUAUAAUGUAUUCUACAGCUUUACUGAACCUCUCUCUAGCCUUAAGUAUUUGAUACUUCCUCAGAUCCAGAUUUUUUGCAGUUGUGACAAUGCUUGGCUCAUUACAUGGGCAAAGGGGUACAGGCAGGUUGAAGUGAUCAUGCUUGGUCCGUAUGCUAAAACCGGUAUGUAUGCUUUGGAGGACUUGAUAUGCUUGUCGGACAAUGGAAUAGACACACCUAAUUUUGUCAAGUACACAGAAGCCAACUGCACAACAGAGGUUGGCUUUGUGCUCUUUGUUGCGACUGGCCUGGGAGUCUUGUUCUUCAUGCUGGUGGUGUUGGUCCAUAACCUGGCCGGCCCCUACCUCCUCCCCCUCUACCACAUCACCCUUGGCUGGCUGUUAGAAGCCAUGCGAUCCAACACCAGGGGGCGCUAUCACUACGAUGCGUUUGUCUCCUAUAGCGGGAAGGACGAGCACUGGGUGGUGGAGGAGCUGCUACCUAAUCUGGAGCAGAGGGGUCCUCCUUUCCUGCGCCUCUGUCUGCACAGCAGGGACUUCCAGCUGGGGAAGGACAUUGUGGAGAACAUCACAGACAGCCUCUACCGGAGCCGCCACACCCUCUGCCUAGUCAGCCGCCACUACCUGCGCAGUAACUGGUGCUCUCUGGAGAUGAAGCUGGCCACCUACAGGCUGCAGGUGGAGCAAAGGGACAUCCUCCUCCUGGUCUUCCUGGAGAAGAUCCCCCCUCGCCGGCUGUCUGCCCACCACAGGCUGGCUCGCCUGCUGAAAACCAGGACUUAUCUGGACUGGCCCCAGGACCCCCAUCAGCACCAGGCAUUCUGGGACAGACUGUGGGCUAAACUGAAACCUCAGACUGAGCAUGAGAUCAGAGGUUGAUGUUGAACCUUGUGGCCUGAAGCUAGACAUCAGCGGUUGAUGUAGAACCUUGGGUAUAGAAAUUUGACUUCAGAUGUUGAUGUAGAACCUUGUGGACUGAAAUGUGACAUCAGAUGUUGAUGUAGAACCUUGUGGACUGAAAUGUGACAUCAGAGGUUGAUGUAGAACCUUGGGUAUAGAAAUUUGAUUUCAGAGGUUGAUGUAGGACCUUGUGGACUGAAAUGUGACAUGAGAAGAUGAUGUUUAACCUUGUGGACUGAAAUGUGACAUCAUAAGUUGAUGUAGAACCUUGUGGACUGAAAUGUGACAUCAGAUGUUGAUGUAGAACCUUGUGGACUGAAAUGUGACAUCAGAGGUUGAUGUAGAACCUUGGGUAUAGAAAUUUGAUUUCAGAGGUUGAUGUAGGACCUUGUGGACUGAAAUGUGACAUGAGAAGUUGAUGUUUAACCUUGUGGACUGAAAUGUGACAUCAUAAGUUGAUGUAGAACCUUGUGGACUGAAAUGUGACAUCAGAUGUUGAUGUAGAACCUUGUGGACUGAAAUGUGACAUCAGAUGUUGAUGUAGAACCUUGUGGACUGAAAUGUGACAUCAGAGGUUGAUGUAGAACCUUGUGUUAUUGCAGAUGCAAUGUUGACACAUAUGUUGAGCUGUUUGAAAUUUGUUUUGUCAAUUCCUUUUAAAUGCUCUGUCUGGAGUGUACUUUUUGCGAUUCAUCUGAAAUUACUUUUAAUAGCCUUAUUUAAAUUGCUCAUAAAAAAGCCUAAACAUUUUAUAAAUUCCCAAAAUGUUAUCAGAUCCUAUUUGUAUUUUUAAACACCUAAUUGCUAACACAUAUCUUUGUUUGUAUAUUUGUUGCUAAGAGGAACUGAAAAAGGGUGUGACUACUGUGUACUGCAGUGAAUGACAAAACAUAAAUGUCCAAUGACUAUGAAGCAGUUAUUAAUGACUAUACAUGAAUGACCAAUGACCAUGAAGCAGUUAUUAAUGACUAUACAUGAAUGACCAAUGACCAUGAAGCAGUUAUUAAUGACUAUACGUGAAUGACCAAUGACCACGAAGCAGUUAUUAAUGACUAUACAUGAAUGACCACGAUGCAGAUAUUUUAUUUGAACAUCGAUCGAAGAGAUUUGUACAGAAAUGUUGUUGAUAGUUGUUUAAUUAAAUGUUGUUGCAAAUGUUUUAACUAAAUGUGUUUGCUAUUUGUUUACCAAAAUGUAAUUGCUAGUUGUUUAGCUAAAUGUAGUUGCUAGUUGUUUAACUAAAUGUGUUGUUAGUUGUUUAACUAAAAUGCAGUAGCUAGAUGUUUAACUCAAUGUGUUGCUAGUUGUUUAACUAAAUGUAAUUGCGAGUUGUUUAGCUAAAUCAUGUUGCUAUUUGUUAAAAUAAAUGUGUUGCUAUUUGUUCAACUAAUUGUAGUUGCUAGUUGUUAAAUAAAUGUAGUUUUUAGUUGUUUAACUAAAGGUAGUUGCUAGUUGUUUAACAUUUUGUAGAUGCUAGUUGUUUAACUAAAUAUAGCUGCUAGUUGUAUAACUAAAUCUAGUUGCUAGUUGUUUAACUAAAUGUGUUGCUAGUUGUUUAAUUAAAUUUUAUUGCUAUUUCUUUAACCAAUUGUAGUUUCUAUUUGUUUACCUAAAUGUAGUUGCUAAGUGUUAAACUAAAUGUAGUUGCUAAGUGUUAAACUAAAUGUGUUGCUAGUUGUUUAACUUAAUGUGUUGCUAGUUGUUUAACUUAAUGUGUUGCUAGUUUUUUAACUGAAUGGGUUGCUAGUUGUUUAGCUAAAUGUGUUGCUAGUUGUUUAACUAACGGUGUUGCUUGAGUAUAGCCUGUAUAUGGUUCAUAGCACAUAUAUAUGAUACAUGUCUAAACUCCUGGGCUUGCGGAAGGGUACCCCUUUCUGGACAAUGAAGUCAUUUCUGCGCAAUAUUGGAGGUAACAUAGUUUUAUUUAAUUAUUUCAUUACUGUUCAUGCUUUAAUAUAUAGGCAUUCAUCCGAAAUGUUGGAAACUGUCUUCUGUUUCCGUUUUUAAAUAAAUAGCAUCCCUGCAUUAGAAUAA